AUGGCCAACAACCAAACAUUGAGGGAGCUGGCUGCCCCGGAGCUGACUCACCAGCCCUUAUGCAUCACAUUCCCCGCUUUGGCUGAGAAUACCGCUUUCGAAUUGAAGUCGGGGUUGAUUCAACUCUUACCCUCUUUCCAUGGUCUCUCUGGCGAAGAACCCCACAAGCACGUAAAGGAGUUCGAGGUGGUCUGCUCUAGUAUGAAACCUCCUGGGGUCACUGAAGAGCAAAUUAGACUGAGAGCCUUCCCGUUCUCUCUCAAAGAUGCAGCUAAAGAUUGGCUGUACUACCUACCAGCAGGUAGUAUUACCACAUGGGCGCAGCUGAAAAAGAAAUUCUUGGAAAAAUUCUUCCCUGCAUCCCGGGCUGCGAGUUUGAGGAAGGAGAUCUGCGGCAUUAAACAAUACCCCGGUGAGUCCUUGUACGAAUACUGGGAAAGGUUUAACAAGUUGUGCACUAGAUGCCCGCAGCAUCAAAUUAGUGAGCAACUGUUAAUCCAAUACUUCUACGAAGGGCUCCAAUCAACCGAUAGGAGUAUCAUCGACGCUGCAAGUGGGGGAGCACUGGCAAACAAGACACCAAGGGAAGCGUGGGAGCUCAUCGAAGCCAUGGCAGAGAACUCCCAGCAAUUUGGCUCCCGUGAGAGCAACCCUCCCCGUAGAGUCAACGAGGUAGAGACUUCAUCCUUACAGCAGCAACUGUCAGAAUUGACGUCAGUUGUUAGGCAAUUAGCCAUGAGAGACGCGCCGCGAGCGAAGGUGUGUGGAAUAUGCACUAGCAUGGACCAUUGCACAGACUCGUGCCCCAUUUUGCAAGAGGACGGGGCGGAACAGGUAAACAUGGCCGGAGGCGUGCCCGCGCCCCGCAGGCAGUACGACCCAUACUCCAAUACGUACAAUCCGGGCUGGAGGGACCAUCCCAAUCUCAGUUAUGGGAACAGGCAACAAAAUGCAUUUCCAAAUCGUCCACCAGGAUUCCACCAGCCAUGGCAACCAAAAUCGCAACCCUCGUCCUCCAACUCAGGAAGUUCUCUGGAGGACCUAGUCAAAAACCUGGCCACGACUACUACCAACCUGGCCACGACUACUACCCAGCUUCAACAGGAGAUCAGAUCCUUAGCCGCGAAUACCGCGCAGCUCCAGCAGGACACCAAAGCUGACAAGAAGGACCAAGACGUUCGAAUAAGCCAACUGGCAACUGCCAUCAACCGCUUGGAGUCCCACGUUUAUGGGAAACUACCAUCGCAACCCGAGGUAAAUCCCAGAAAUGUAAGUGCCAUGACGCUGAGGAGUGGCAAGGAACUGGAAGGGCCUAAAGUGGAAAGUUCAAAAAGUAAAAAUGAAGAGGAGAUAGAGAAGGAAAUUGAAGAGGAAAGGCGUAUUCGCAAGGAUCCUAAGGUAACCUUCACUCCUCCGCCCACUAUUAAAUCUAACUUACCUCCUUUUCCUUGCAGGCUGGAGAAGACAAAAAAGGUAGAGAAGGAAAAAGAGCUUUUAGAUGUGUUCCGAAAAGUGGAGAUUAACAUCCCUUUACUGGAUGCAAUCAAGCAGAUACCGAAAUACGCUAAAUUUCUCAAGGAUCUGUGCACCCAUAAGAGGAAACUGAGAGGGGACGAAAGAAUAGCGGUGGGAGAGAAUGUGUCAGCAAUGCUCCAAAGAAAGCUUCCACCCAAGUGCGGAGAUCCAGGUAUGUUCACGAUCCCCUGUAAGAUCGGGAAUACACCGAUCAGGAAAGCAAUGUUAGAUUUAGGGGCGUCAAUCAAUGUGAUGCCAAAGACCAUUUUUGCUUCUCUAAAUCUUGGGCCACUUAAAGAAACAGCCAUCAUAAUCCAACUAGCUGAUCGCACAAAUGCAUAUCCAGAGGGGCUAGUUGAGGAUGUCUUGGUUCAGGUAAAUGAAUUGGUCUUUCCUGCAGAUUUUUAUAUCUUGGACAUGGGAGAUGAAAAAUCAUUAAACCCUUCACCUAUCUUGUUAGGUAGACCAUUUCUUAGCACUGCCAGAACUAAAAUAGAUGUGAAUGAGGGUACUUUGUCAAUGGAAUUUGAUGAUGAAACUGUGAAUUUCAAUAUUUUUUAUGCGAUGAAGUAUCCAGAGGAAUCUAACUCGGUCUUUGCUGUGAGCGCUAUUGAGCCUUUUGUGCAGGAAACUUUUGAAUUAGAUGGCAAAGACGCAUUGGAAGUGGCUCUAAUCAAGCAUCUGGAGUUGGGUGUAACUCUUGAUGUGGACCUAAGGGAAGAUUUGCUCCAUGCUGUUGAAGCCUUACACUCACUUCCACCCGUAUCCCCAAGGUAUGAGCUUACUUCUCUUUUUGUGCCAGAGGCUCAGACAAAGUUGCUCCCUUCAGUUGUGCAGGCACCGGAGUUAGAACUAAAGCCUCUCCCGAAGCAUCUAAAGUACGCAUUCCUAGGAGACCGGGAGACACUUCCGGUGAUCAUCUCUGCACACCUAUCUCCAAGUCAAGAGGACAGACUGGUGCGAAUCCUUAGGGAACAUAAGGAGGCAAUUGGGUGGAGCAUAGCCGAUAUUAAAGGGAUUAGCCCGUCCUUGUGUAUGCACCGGAUAAGACUCGAGGAUGAUGCAAGGCCAGUGAGGCAAGCACAGUGA